CCACAAACGAAGCAAUUCCCAUGGAACAAUCUAGAACCACUAUUACAUCAUCACCAGCUGAAUCCUACGGUCCAGAUGAAGCCACAUAGGAUCGAGAACGGCAUCAGCAGUUGAUUCUAGGGCCUUCUUCAAAACGAAGACCCAAAAGGAAAACCAAACCCACGAAGGAUCUCCUCCGUCCAUCAGGAUUAUCGAGCUCUGUUAAUCUCAUCCCUUUAUAUAACUACUUUCUCUUCCCACAUCUGUCUCUCAGCAUCGCAGGUCAGAGAAAAAAAGCUUUGAGAACCCAGAGUCCAGAGACCGUUCGCCGGUGGAUUAAGCUUCCCGAUCUCGACGGUUUCGAGGUCUUACGAUUUGUGGAUCGGUAAACGAGGUAGAGAGAGGGAAAAAAGGGAAGAUGUUUGGGAGAGCGCCGAAGAAGAGCGAUAACACGAGGUACUAUGAGAUUCUGGGAGUGCCGAAGACGGCCUCACCGGAGGAUUUGAAGAAGGCUUAUCGGAAAGCAGCGAUCAAGAAUCAUCCUGAUAAGGGCGGCGAUCCCGAAAAGUUCAAGGAGCUCGCCCAGGCGUACGAGGUGUUGAGCGAUCCCGAGAAGCGGGAGAUUUAUGAUCAGUACGGCGAGGAUGCGCUCAAGGAAGGGAUGGGCGGUGGCGGCGGCGGCGGCCAUAACCCGUUUGACAUCUUUGAGUCUUUCUUUGGCGGUGGUGGUUUUGGAGGUGGCAGCAGUAGGGGAAGGAGGCAGAGAAGGGGAGAGGAUGUUGUUCAUCCAUUGAAAGUUUCCUUGGAGGAUCUCUACAUCGGCAGAUCGAAGAAGCUUUCAUUGUCCAGGAAUGUAAUAUGCUCCAAGUGUGACGGUAAGGGGUCAAAGUCUGGAGCCUCGAUGAAAUGCUCCGGUUGCCAAGGCAGCGGCAUGAAGGUGUCAAUUAGGCAACUUGGUCCGGGAAUGAUUCAGCAGAUGCAGCAUCCUUGCAAUGAAUGUAAAGGAACCGGUGAGUCUAUCAGCGACAAGGAUCGCUGCCCUCAGUGCAAGGGUGAGAAGGUUGUCCCGGAGAAGAAGGUGUUGGAAGUGAUAGUGGAGAAGGGGAUGCAGAAUAAUCAGAAGAUCACCUUCCCUGGGGAAGCAGAUGAAGCUCCUGAUACGGUCACUGGCGAUAUAGUCUUUGUGCUUCAGCAAAAGGAACACCCUCGGUUCAAGCGGAAGGGGGAUGACUUGUUUGUGGAGCACACACUGUCCCUCACUGAAGCCCUAUGUGGAUUCCAGUUUGUUAUCACACAUUUGGAUGGCAGGCAGCUCCUGAUCAAAUCACUUCCUGGCGAAGUUGUCAAGCCUGAUUCUUUCAAGGCGGUCAACGAUGAGGGAAUGCCAUUGUACAGGAAGCCAUUCUUGAAGGGGAAGCUCUACAUCCACUUCACCGUUGAUUUCCCUGAUUCAUUGACCCCAGAUCAAGUGAAGUCACUUGAGACAGUUCUGCCAGCAAAGCAACCGAGUGGCUUGACCGAGAUGGAGCUCGAUGAGUGUGAAGAAACUACUUUGCAUGAUGUCAACAUCGAAGAGGAGAUGAGGAGGAAGCAGCAGCAGGCUCAGCGUGAGGCAUAUGAUGAAGAUGAUGAUGAGAUGCCAGGUGGGGCUCAGAGGGUGCAAUGCGCCCAGCAGUAGAAAACCUUGAAGCUUUCGCGGGCGAUUUGAAUUGAAUUACAGUCUUCAGUGUGUCUUACCUUACGGUUUAGGCUUUUUAUAUAGCGUCUGUAACGGAAGUUUUGGGAACUUGAAAUGCUGUUCUGAUCACUUGUAUCUUUUAUUUAAGUUAAAAAUCAAAUGACGCUAUAAUUUCUCUUGCCAUUGUUUUCAUUCCUUUAUACUCGAUGGCUAUAAGUAAUGGAAGAAGAGCUUUUAUUCAUGUCAAUUCAUAUUGGAAUUUCGACCUUCUGAUGAAGGUACCUGAAUAUCUGCUGAAUAGAAAAUUUAGGUACGUAACGCGAUCUAAUGCAUUCUCUAGCCACAGCCAGAAGCUUUCUCAGCUCACUGCAGUCGUAACUAUCUCCUAGAUCAGGAUCUAUCAUCCUGUUGAACGAGCUGCUCGAACAACAUUCUUGAAUCCAUUGAACUAAAUCCGUGCCCCCUUUCUCACUGUCCUGUCACCAGCUCCAGUAUCAGCAAGCCUAACUGGAAGAUGAUAUUUUCACGCCACGAUGGGGUAGGAUCUUCCGAGUCAGAGCGCUGGCGUAUCAAAGCGAAGCUAUUCGCGGCAGAAGUAUCCAGGCCAAUGUCAGAAAGCUGUCAGAGGAACAAACGGAAGUAGGGAACUAUAGUCAUUCUAACAUCUAAUUAGGAUUUAUGCAGAUGAUGCAGAUGAUGCCUUGUGCUGUAAGUACCUUGGCGUUGAAGUUCUAGUCAAGCAUGACUUUGCUGGAGCUGAUGGAUUUUGGAUGACUGAUGUCAGUUUGUCCGUUUGCAGUCAAGAACAUGCUUACCAAUGCCAGCUGCCACGCCAAUGGCUACCUGCAGCCUUGUCUUCCAAUCCAAGGGAGUCCUCAGAGGAUCUAUCAUGUAGACAUUGUACAAGAACAUUAAUGUUCGAAUAUCCUGGUACGAAAAUCGCCUCACAAACAGAGCCAACCGACCUGCAUAAAUCAAGAUUCCACCCACUGAUUUCCAUAAGGAAAAAAAAAAAGGACACAAUACCCUCGAGUUCUCGCCAUCCCAGUUGCGAAUCUUCAGAAUUGAAACCGGUAACGAGCAAAGAUGGUUUCUUUUUUUACCAGUGCGGGAUCUGUGGAGCCAUGAGAGGAGACGAGGCCGGAGCUUUUGUAUCACAUCAUUCAUUUCGCUGUCGCUGGCUUAGCUGGAAAGACGUUCUAAUUUGGUAAAGAAUUACUCAAUUCUACCAUUGUUAACUGUUUUUCCUUUUACCAGAGAAGCAUGGCAUCACUGCGGCGACAGGUAAUCUUUCCGCAUCCCCAACUCCCUCCGUUUGCACCAUUGAAUACCAAUGUUGUCAUAACCGAAUCGGAGCAUGACCCGGUAAUGCGAACGGCUCGCACUUUAGUGGUCCAACCGGCAUUAGACCGUUUAAAAAUCGUUAGAGAACCGGUACCUAAUAAACGUUAUCAGUAUAAAUAGUGGACAUUUCCUAAUCAGAGCUCGUCUCUUUCCUUCGAAAUUGUGAAAUGGAAAUAAGGAUUCAGUUUGAGAGCCCGACGUUUUUGGUUUAUUUCAAUUUUCUGUAAUUUUUUUAAUUAAAUUUAAUGGCUCAUGGCAAAAACCGGACGAGCGGCUCGAUCGGCUCGAGCGGUUAACCGCCUCGGCCGCUCGUCAACCGCUACGUAAAACCGAAGUGGCUUUUAGACUGUUCCGAGCCGGUUUUGUGACCGGGUGGCGGUUUUACCGGUCGGGCCGAGCGGCUCGGCUCGGUUUUAAUAACACUGUUGAAUACGCUCUAAAUACUUGAAGCAAACAAUGAAUUUUGGACAAAGUC